GGAUCUGUCUGGACUACAGUACAAGAUUGCUUACGAAAAAUUGGAAGCGCGCGGAUUCUGGGACCGAGUCGACUUAGUCGGAUACCGCUGGCAAUUGCAUCGCGCUCUCCAGUGCAUGACUGCUGUUUGCCUACAACCGGGGUCUGGGGUGAACAUGCGGACAUGGACCCGUCCCAACGAGCACGAGCACGAGCGCCUUUUCAAUCCGCUCGACUGUAAUAACUACAGAAGGAGAAUCUACGCGGCGUAUGGCGCAGCAGAACAAGAUGAGGAGGAAGUCAGGAUCGAUGACGACGAGUUCAGUCUUGCCACAGCGGGCACCCAAAGCGUUGGGGAAGAAGAUCCAGGCGGGAACAAGACCACAAACCAUGUUCAAAGCGAUCUAAACUUAUUUUGUCAGAGGGAUCAAGUUCGCGAUGGUCGCUCGUUGCGAGUGCCUAGAGUGGCUGCUGCGAUCGAAGCGAAAAAGAGUAAAGGAUGCGUUGGGCAUACUAGCAAUAAUAGCCAUACUCAGUGUACUACUUACACUCGAGUUUGCCAUGCUGCCGAUGGGUGUUUAUUUGGAAUGGUGAUUCACGGACUCUCCUUUCGCAUCUACCAGAUCACCCCAGGGUCCGCGGGAAACGAAAUUACAACAUGGAUCCCGACAAGCGCGAAGAGUGAAUUCUCUCGACAAAACAAUGCUACCUUCAGCUUCAAGUAUAAGGACAGUUACGAGAAGAUAAAGAGUAAACCUACAUGUGGAGCUUGGCUGGUAGCACUGACCGGGAUCCAUCUCGGCACAAACGGCAACUUGCGGCAAAGAAUUUGGUAUCAUUCAUCGUCGAUCUGAAUGGGAGAGUCUAUGCUGCACUGGAGAUUCAAAGGGGGAAUGAAGAUAUUAUCAAUUUCAUCCAACCCAAUGAUCGCUUGCUGCUUCAGCAUGAAUCUACACCUGUCACCUUUACUGAGGUCACAAUCGAAGCGGUAACACCGCGCCUGCCCAAAAUCCAGGACAAAGCGGCGAAACCGACGACAGGUGGGAAUAAUGACACUGGUUCGAAACAGGACGCCAACAAUCGGAGUAAAAAGGCGCAAGGAGACGGUGAUAAUCAGCGCGGCAGCGGGCCAGUUGGAAAGCAAAAUCAGAAGAAUGCAACUAGCAGCCAGAAAGAGGCAGGGGUAAACCAGAAAACGAAAACAGUGGACGUCAACUACAAAUCUGCGCCGGCUAUCUUAUCUUGGACGCAUGCAACAAGAGCGAG